UACUAAGACCUGAUUGGAAGCAACGUUCUGUGGUCAUACUUUCCAGCAUAAAGAUGAAGAGCUUUUCAGCUUGGGAUUAUGUUGUAUUUGCAGCCCUCUUCGUCAUUUCUGUGGGAAUUGGCGUGUUCUUUGCUAUUAAGGAAAGGAAAAAGGCAACCUCUGGGGAGUUCCUGGUAGGAGGAAGGCAAAUGAGCUUUGGCCCUGUAGCUUUGUCUCUGACAGCCAGCUUCAUGUCGGCUGUCACUGUCCUGGGAAGCCCUGCUGAAGUCUACCGCUUUGGAGCAUCCUUCAUAUUUCUCUGUGUUGCAUAUUUCUUUGUUAUCACAUUUACAUCUGAGCUUUUUAUCCCUGUGUUCUACAGAUCUGGCAUCACCAGCACCUAUGAGUAUUUACAACUACGAUUCAACAAACCAGUCCGCGUGGCAGCAACAGUCAUUUACAUUGUGCAGACGAUUCUCUACACAGGGGUGGUGGUGUACGCGCCUUCUCUGGCACUCAAUCAAGUAACUGGGUUUGAUCUCUGGGGCUCUGUGUUUGCAACAGGAAUUGUUUGCACAUUCUACUGUACCGUGGGAGGACUUAAAGCAGUGGUAUGGACAGAUGUGUUUCAGAUGGUCGUCAUGUUUGCGGGCUUCUUAUCGGUUCUGAUUCAAGGAUCAGCGAAGGCUGGUGGGUUCCACAAUGUAUGGGAGCAAGCCAAAAAUGGAUCCCGACUCCACGUGUUUGAUUUUGACGUGGAUCCUCUCCGACGACACACGUUUUGGACACUCUCAGUGGGAGGAACAUUUACAUGGCUUGGAGUCUACGGAGUUAAUCAAUCUGCCAUCCAGAGAUGCAUUUCUUGCAAAACAGAAAAGCAGGCGAAGCUUGCCUUAUAUUUUAAUUUGUUGGGUCUCUGGAUCAUUUCUUUCUGUGCUGUCUUCUCUGGAUUAAUCAUGUACUCCUACUUCAAAGAUUGUGACCCUUGGACUUCUGGAAAUAUCUCAGCACCAGACCAGUUGAUGCCAUAUUUUGUUAUGGAGAUAUUUGAAACUAUGCCAGGACUUCCAGGACUUUUUGUGGCUAGUGCCUUUAGUGGAACACUGAGCACAGUGGCUGCCAGCAUCAAUGCUUUAGCAACAGUGACCUUUGAGGAUUUUGUCAAGACCUGCUUUCCCCAUCUCUCUGACAAGAAGAGCACUUGGAUCAGUAAAGGCUUAUGUCUCCUGUUUGGCAUAGUGUGCACCUCUAUGGCAGUGCUUGCAUCGCUCAUGGGUAGUGUUAUACAGGCUACCAUCAGCAUCCAUGGUAUGUGCGGGGGACCGAUGCUGGGUUUAUUCUCUCUGGGAAUCCUCUUCCCUUUUGUGAACUGGAAGGGUGCGCUAGGAGGCUUCAUUACUGGGAUCGCCUUCUCAUUUUGGGUAGGCAUCGGGUCCUUCAUUUAUCCUGCCCCAGAUUCUAAGACGUGGCCUUUGCCUUUAUCAACAGACCAAUGUGUCCAAUCAAAUAUGACAACGACAAUCCGUUCAGAGAUCUCUAACAGACCUGCACUAGCUGACACCUGGUACUCACUCUCCUACCUUUACUUCAGUGCUGUGGGCUACUUAGGAUGCAUUGGUGCUGGAAUAAUCAUCAGCUUCAUCACAGGUCUGCAAAAUGGCAACGAUAUUAACCCACUCUUAAUUAGACCAGUUUGCAAUCUAUUUUGCUUUUGGUCUAAAAAAUACAAAACUCUGUGCUGGUGUGGCGUUCGGCAUGACAGUGAAACAGAGCAGGAUUACCAUGAGAACAGUAGUGCCUGGAAACAAGGUUCCGGAUAUGCCUUACAGAAUGGACUCAGGCAAGACAACCUGAGCCAUUGUCCAGGCUUUGAUCCCAAGAACAAAAGCUACAACAACAUGGCAUCAGAGUCAGAGAUUACGCAUUUUUAGGAUGAUGCAUGUGAAUGCAUAUUUGCACAUACACAUAUAUA